UUCAUUUAUGUAGCAACUGUGUUCAAAUCAUAGGUUAAUCUACGGAAGCAUAUGUUAGUCUGGCAUUGCCAGUUGAUUUAAUUACAAUGCAAUUUAUGUUUCUAUGAAAUAAAGUAUACACUUUACAUUGAAAUAUGUCGAUUUCAAUGGAAAGUCAACUUCAGUCCAUCUUCGAGGAUGUUGUGAAAACCGAGGUCAUAGAGGAGGCAUUUGCUGGGAUGUUCAUGGACACAGCUGAGUCAGAACGGAUGAAGUUGAUCAGCUGUUUAGGUGCUUUCAGACAGUACUGGGGCACUCUGCCACAGGAGUCCCAUGAGCAGUGUGUUAAGUGGAUUGUCCGGUUCAUCCAUGGACAGCACAGUCCCAAGCGCAUCUCUUUCCUCUAUGACUGUUUGGCCAUGGCUGUUGAGACCAGCCUCUUGACUCCGAGAAUGGUUUGCCAGGCGCUGAUAAACUCCGAGAGCCUAGAGUGGGAGAGAACCCAGCUGUGGGCUCUGACCUUCCGACUCUUCCGCAAAAUCAUUGGAGGAGUGGAUUACAAGGGUGUAAGAGAUUUACUGAAGACCGUUUUGGACAAAAUCCAGACCAUUCCCAACGUCGUCAGUUCAGCCGUGGUCCAGCAGCUGCUGGCCGUUCGAGAGGUGGUUGAGUACAUACUCGACAGGAAUGCCUGUCUCCUGCCAGCUUACCUUGCUGUGACCGAGAUCAGGAAGCUUUAUCCAGAGGGGGCGCUAUCACACUGGCUCCUCGGUAGCCUGAUUUCAGACUUUGUGGACAGUUUCCGUCCCACUGCAAGGAUCAACUCCAUCUGUGGGAGAUGCAGUCUUCUUCCUGUGGUUAACAACUCUGGGGCCAUCUGUAAUUCCUGGAAGUUGGACCCCACCACUCUACGCUUCCCUCUCAAAGGCAUGCUGCCCUAUGAUAAGGACCUGUUUGAUCCUCAGACAGGACUCCUACGCUAUGUUCUGGAACAGCCCUACUCCCGUGACAUGGUCUGCAACAUGUUAGGGCUCAACAAGCAGACCUUGAACAUUGCUCAGCACAAGCAGCGCUGCCCGGUGCUGGAGGACCAGCUGGUGGACCUGGUGGUGUACGCCAUGGAGCGCUCGGAGACGGAGGAGCAGUUUGACGACGGCGGCACCAGCCAGCUGCUGUGGCAGCACCUGUCCAGCCAGCUCAUCUUCUUUGUGCUCUUCCAGUUCGCCAGCUUCCCGCACAUGGUGCUCUCGCUGCACCAGAAGCUGGCAGGCAGAGAUCUCAUCAAAGGCAGAGACCACCUAAUGUGGGUGCUGCUGCAGUUUAUCUCCGGAAGCAUCCAGAAGAACGCUCUGGCCGACUUCCUGCCCGUGAUGAAGCUCUUUGACCUGCUCUACCCCGAGAAGGAGUGCAUCCCUGUGCCGGACAUCAACAAGCCCCAGUCCACGCACUCCUUUGCCAUGACCUGCAUCUGGAUCCACCUCAACCGCAAGGCCCAGAGCGACAACUCCAAGCUGCAGAUCCCCAUUCCCCACUCACUGCGCCUGCACCACGAAUUCCUGCAGCAGAGCCUGCGCAACAAGAGCCUGCCCAUGACGGACUACAAGAUCGCGCUGCUGUGCAACGCCUACUCCACCAACUCCGAGUGCUUCACGCUGCCCAUGGGCGUGCUGGUGGAGACCAUCUAUGGCAACGGCAGCGUGCGCAUCCCCCUGCCCGGCACCAACUGCAUGGCACAGGGCUCCGUCACGCCGCUGCCCAUGAACCUGCUCGACUCGCUGACCGUGCACGCCAAGAUGAGCCUCAUCCACAGCAUCGCCACGCGGGUCAUCAAGCUGGCCGCUGCCAAGUCCAGUCUGGCCCUGGCCCCUGCCCUGGUGGAGACCUAUAGCCGGCUGCUGGUCUACAUGGAGAUCGAGUCCCUGGGCAUCAAGGGCUUCAUCAGCCAGCUCCUGCCCAACGUGUUCAAGUCUCACGCGUGGGGCAUCCUGCACACCCUGCUGGAGAUGUUCAGCUACCGCAUGCACCACAUCCAGCCCCACUACCGCGUGCAGCUGCUCAGCCACCUGCACUCACUGGCCGCCGUGCCCCAGACCAACCAGAACCAGCUGCACCUGUGUGUGGAGAGCACAGCGUUGAGGCUGAUCACGGCGCUGGGCAGCUCUGAGGUCCAGCCGCAGUUCACCCGCUUCCUGAGUGACCCCAAGACGGUCCUGUCAGCCGAGUCAGAGGAGCUGAACCGAGCCCUCAUCCUCACCCUGGCCAGAGCCACGCACGUCACAGAUUUCUUCACGGGUUCGGACUCCAUCCAAGGCACGUGGUGCAAGGACAUCCUGCAGACCAUCAUGAACUUCACGCCCCACAACUGGGCCUCACACACCCUCAGCUGCUUCCCCGCCCCCCUGCAGGCGUUCUUCAAGCAGAACAACGUUCCCCAGGAGAGCCGCUUCAACCUGAAGAAGAACGUGGAGGAGGAGUACCGCAAGUGGAAGUCCAUGACCAACGAGAACGACAUCAUCACGCACUUCUCCAUGCAGGGCUCGCCGCCGCUCUUCCUCUGCCUGCUCUGGAAGAUGCUGCUGGAGACGGACCACAUCAACCAGAUCGGCUUCAGGGUGCUGGAGCGGAUUGGCGCGCGCGCCCUGGUGGCCCACGUGCGGACGUUUGCCGACUUCCUGGUGUACGAGUUCUCCACGUCAGCCGGAGGGCAGCAGCUGAACAAGUGCAUCGAGAUCCUCAACGACAUGGUGUGGAAGUACAACAUCGUCACCCUGGAUAGACUUAUCCUUUGCCUGGCCAUGCGUAGCCACGAAGGUAACGAGGCGCAGGUGUGCUACUUCAUCAUCCAGCUGCUGCUGCUCAAGCCCAACGACUUCCGCAACCGCGUCAGCGACUUUGUCAAGGAGAACGCCCCGGAGCACUGGCUGCAGAGCGACUGGCACACCAAGCACAUGUCCUACCACAAGAAAUACCCUGAGAAGCUGUACUUUGAGGGCCUGGCAGAGCAGGUGAGCCCGCCCAUGCCGCUGCAGCCGCAGUACCUGCCCAUCUACUUUGGCAACGUGUGCCUGCGCUUCCUGCCCGUCUUCGACAUCGUCAUCCACCGCUUCCUGGAGCUGCUGCCCGUCUCCAAGUCCCUGGAGACCCUCCUGGACCACCUCGGCGGCCUCUACAAGUUCCACGAUCGGCCGGUGACGUACCUGUACAACACGCUGCACUACUACGAGCGGCACCUGCGCGACCGCACCAACCUGAAGCGCAAGCUGGUGCACGCCAUCAUGAGCUCGCUGAAGGACAACCGCACGCCGGGCUGGUGCCUGAGCGAGACCUACCUCAAGUUCGGCAUGAACCCGCGCGAGGACAACGUCUGGAUCCCCGACGACACCUACUACUGCAAGCUCAUCGGCCGCCUGGUGGACACCAUGGCAGGCAAGUCUCCCGGCCCAUUCCCCAACUGUGACUGGCGCUUCAACGAGUUCCCCAACCCGGCGGCCCACGCUCUGCACGUCACCUGCGUGGAGCUCAUGGCCCUGGCAGUGCCCGGCAAGGACGUGGGCAACGCCCUCCUCAACGUGGUGCUGAAGAGCCAGCCAUUGGUGCCUCGAGAGAACAUCACGGCCUGGAUGAAUGCUAUCGGUCUCGUCAUCACAGCUCUUCCGGAGCCCUACUGGAUCGUCCUGCACGACCGCAUCGUGAGCGUGAUCGGCAGCCCGGCGCUCACCUCCGAGACGGAGUGGGUGGGCUACCCCUUCCAGCUGCUGGACUUCACGGCGUGCCACCAGUCCUACUCGGAGAUGUACUGCAGCUACGUGCUGGCGCUGGCCCACGCCGUCUGGCACCACUCCAGCAUCGGGCAGCUCUCCCUCAUCCCCAAGUUCCUAUCAGAGGUGCUGAAGCCCAUCGUGAAGACGGAGUUCCAGCUGCUGUACGUCUAUCACCUGGUCGGCCCCUUCCUGCAACGCUUUCAGCAGGAGAGGACACGCUGCAUGCUGGAGAUUGGCGUGGCGUUCUACGAGAUGCUUCAAGCCGUGGACCAGCACUGCAAGCACCUGUCCUACAUGGACCCAGUCUGCGACUUCCUCUACCAUAUCAAGUACAUGUUCACCGGCGACAGCGUCAAAGACCAGGUGGAGAAGAUCAUCUGCACCCUGCGUCCGGCCAUGAAGCUCCGCCUGCGUUUCAUCACCCACAUCAGCAAGAUGGAGCCGGCCGCCUCCGUGGCCGCCGCUAACGCCAACGCCCCGCAGCCCAGCGCCGUCUCCUCGCCGGCCCCGCAGAGCAACCCCGGGCCCUCCAACGUGCCAUCGAACGUGCCCCUGUCUGUGGCCCAGUGACUGACAGGCCUCCCCUAGGACACUUGUGAGCUCAUUGUGAGCCAAGAGGAGCGCCGGGGUGGGGGGGGGGGGGUUCUGUUCCGGAGCCUUUCUACGCGGAUGAAUUGAUGAAUGGGAAUGGGCGGAAUGAAUGGAAGAUGUUAUGGAAAGUUCCGGUAGGCCCGUGACGAGUCGCAAGGCCGGAGAGUCAGUGUGACUGAUUCUGCCCUCGGUGCACAAGGUCUUUGGAUUUGCAGUUUUCUGUUACACUUGUCAUCUGGAGGUGUCGGUCACAUCAGUACGCUCCAAUAAACUGUGUUUGAAGGACAAUAUAAGAGAGAAGGUUUUCACAUCUGGCUUGAUCUCGUUUUGAGUUGUUUCUGUAUAUGAUCAUUUGUUUUCUAUUAUUAUGAUGAUGCACCUGGCUAUGUUUUGAUGUAAUCUGAUCACUUUUUCAAGACUGACAUGCCAUGUGCCUUGACAUUUUUUUAACCUCAAUAAUCAUGAACCUGAUGAUAUAGCCUAUUUGCUGAUGUUGCAGUGUUUUCUCACCAAACAACAAUAAUGCAGAAUAAACUUUUUUAGUAGAAAA